CAGAUACGGAAGACUUAAACCUGUUUUAAAAGUAAAAGGAAUAAACACCUGGGAAACACUAUGGCUACCGGAGGAAUUGACGAUACACUUCUAGAAUGUAGUAGUGACGCCGUCGUUGGAAAGAUCGGGAGCAAGUGUGAACCUUGUCGUCGGCGGGACAGGUCAGAGGUUGCUUCAAUGUUUUGUUAUACAUGUAAGGUAUAUCUAUGCGAUGACUGCUGUGAAGUACACAGGAUACACAUGACAAACGUUUAUGAACAUAACAUCGUUGCUGCACAUGAUGCCUGUGUCAAGCCAGAUGUCGAUAUGAAGGGACUGGAUCAGUGUUGCCAACACAAACGAGUGUUCCUGUUUCACUGUGAAGACCACGACGAUUUGUGCUGUGAAAUAUGUGCCUUUUCUCGUCAUCGUAGAUGCGAGAAUAUCCACGAAAUAGCAAAGGUUGCUAAGAUUGUGAAAGAUGAUGAAAGGGAUAAGAUACGUGAAUCAAUUAUCGCUGUCUCAGAAGUUAUAAGAAAAUGCAAGGAGGAUCAAUUGAACAACGUUUCGCGAGUGGAAGAAAUAAUGAAGGAAAUUGAUACUUACAAGGAAGACUUUUUAACAAAAAUUGGGAAAGCCAAGGCGCGAAUUGUCAGAGACAUGACGAACCAUAACACACAGGAAGACGAACGGCUAAAUACGAGGAGAAAUGCGGCUGAAAACCUGGAGAAAGAACUCGACACGAACUUGGCAAUGUCAGAUAGCGUUCGCGAGACUGGAACGGAAACGAAAAUAUUCAUUCUAAACCACAUUCUGAAAAGGACGCAGGACAAGGCAUCAACAACACUGAACACUUUGUGGAAGAAUGAUUACACCGUCAAAGUGGAAUUAAAAAUCAACGAAAACAUUUUAAAAAUAAAAACUACUGAUGUCGCAUUAUUCUCAUUAAAUAAAACACAAGAGCCAAAAAUACAAGAACCAAAAGCCGUGCGUCUGGAGCUGUUGAAGACAGUGGAGCUCGUGAAGACAGGAGAUGACAUGAAUGUGCCGUUUGUUACUGGGCUGGACCUCCUGCCGGACGGGAGAAUCGUCGCCGUGGAUCAGUCCAAUCAGAAAUGUUUUAUAUUGAGUGACACACUGAAGAGGUUUGACACAUUUUAUAAAUUUAAUACGUAUCCUUCGGACGUAACGUCUUACUCUGAUAACAAUAUUGCAGUAACUGUUAGUUACGGAGAUAUCCAAUCCAUCUGCCUGUUGACAGUGGACAGUGACAACACGAUUACGUUGAAGAAGACGCUGACCACGUCCACCUCCUACAACUCCAUCUGUCCCCUGAACGACCGCACGUUCGUAGUGAGCACCUGGGACGACCCGCGGCCUGCCAGGAUGAUUGACGUGGACGGCAAGGAGAGCGACUUUGACAACGUGAAGUUUCCUGGAAAGACGUAUAAGUGUGGUGAAAGUAAAUGUACCUACAUACAAUCCCGGGAUACGCUUGUUCUUAUUGACAAGUUUGCUCGCACAGUUUACAUGUAUAACACCGUAUCCGGCAAGGGCAUCGAGGUUAAAGAUGGCCGGAUACGAGAACCGAGGGGCGCCUGUGUGGGCAACGGUGACACUGUGUUUGUCUGCAGUACGGACACAAACUCUGUCAUCCAGGUAUCGGCCGACGGGGACAUACUGGCGUCAUGUGACGUCGACAUGGAGUAUCCGUUUGCCGUUGCUGCCUCCAGGGAUGGCUCGAGAAUGGCCGUGACCAACUGUUUGAGUGGAGUGAGAAAACUGAAACUGUUUAAAAUAAUUCAAUGAAAGUGUAUUGGUCAAGAACAGAAAUAGAUAAAAGUGUUUAGUAUUAUCUGUAUAAAAGGUAAUAAUAACUUUCUGUUUGAACAUUAUUUGUGAAUAGAUUGUAAAUAAGAUUGUUAUAGUUAUACAAUGUGUUUUUUGAAGAACGACUUUGAUUUGUCUUGCACGAAUAUGUUUUCAAGAUAAAUAUGUUUCUUAAUAUAAUUGAUUGAAAAAUGAUGAAACACCCCUAAGACAGAAAAUCAUACUUGGGUACAAACACAAUUCCUAAGAUUCUUUACGAAAUGCCGUAUGAGUAUUGUAUUCACUGAAGCGUAAAAGAGACAA